AUGGUGCUGAGAAUGGCGAGACUCACUGAUGAUGCCGGCUACGAUGCUGGCGAAACGUCUGGGAAUGUACCACGUCCACGGUCCAACUCUGGAAAUGAUGAUGCAUACAAUGGACUCCGGACAAGUUGUUCUCAUCCAGGCCCCAGUGGACUGCAGUUUCGACCUCGUAACCACGCGUGUCAAGCUCCCAACCUGCACUGUCACGGUUCGACUCCCGCUGAGGGUGUUGAUCAGACCGAUGCGAGGUCGAAACUGCAGUCCACGGGUGCCUGA